AUAGAAUCAGUUAUAUUGACAAACAACGUCGUCAUCUCAUUUCCAAAAUGGAACUCGGAGCCAUAGCAAAGCUAAACAGCAAUUUGCCUCCCUUUCUCCUCCCCCUCCUUUUCCUCCUCUUCUCUCUUUCCAUGGCCACUGACACCCUGACCCGGAGCCAACCCAUCCGAGACGGCCAGACCCUGGUCUCGGCCCGAGGCAUCUUCGAACUUGGCUUCUUCAGCCCCGGCGGCUCGACCCACCGCUACCUCGGCAUCUGGUACAAGCACAUCCCUGUCCAGACCGUCGUCUGGGUCGCCAACCGGGCCAGCCCCCUCCCGGACCGGACCGGCCUCCUCCGGGUGGGCCCCGCCGGUGAGCUCCUCCUCACCAACGGCUCGAACCACCCGAUCUGGUCCACCGACCCGGUUCCCUUCUCCCGAUCCGUCGGCCAGCUCCUCGACUCCGGCAACUUCGUGCUACGCGAUGCAGCGGACACACUCCUCGUCGCUGUUGCAUGGCAGAGCUUCCAUUGUCCGACCGACACGUGGCUCCCCGGGAUGCGGUUCUCCUCCCGGUUCCCCCUCGGUCUCACUUCCUGGAAGAGCUCCGCCGACGCCACCUUCGGUGAUUAUACCGUCCGGUUGGACGAGAACGGCCUUCCCCAGCUCAUCCUCUGGGGGCGGUCAAGCCCGGUCUAUCGGACCGGGCCGUGGAACGGCCUCCGUCUCAGCGGUACCCCAGAGAUGAAGUCCUACAAAAGUUUGUUCACCUACGCUUUCGUCUCCAACGAGAACGAGUCCUACUACGAGCACGAGCUUAAUGACCCAUCUAUCAUCACGAGGCUGGUACUGGAGCAGACCGGAGAGCUGCAGCGGUUCAUAUGGGUGAACGAGACGCAGUCGUGGAGGGUGUACUGGUCCGCGCCCAAGGACCAGUGCGACAUGUACGGGAGAUGCGGGCCGUUCGGGGUCUGCAAUAGCACCUCGAAGGCGGUCUGCAAGUGUGUGGAGGGGUUCAAGCGGCGGUCAGCCGGAAACUGGACCGCCGGGUGUGCGAGGCGGACCGGCCUUAGCUGCGGGAACCGGGACGGUUUCCGGAGGGUGACCGGCUUGAAGCUUCCAGAUACCUCGACCGCGAUCGUCAACCGGAGCAUGGAACUCGAGGAGUGCAGGAGGGUGUGCUUGGCGAACUGCUCGUGUGUGGCUUACACGGCCGCUGAUAUCAGUGGGGGUGUAACUGGGUGCGUUUAUUGGGUGGACGAUUUAAUGGACCUGCGGGAGUUUCCGAGCGGCGGCCAGGAUGUGUACGUCCGUUUGGCAGCUUCAGAGCUAGAUGAAGAUGAUGAUGAUGACCCAAAACUACAUGUUCCUGCGGACAAGAACAAGUUGAUCAUAAUUAUAGUCGCAACAAUCUGUUUCUCUUUGUUUUUCUUGCAACUGUGCCUCUAUAUCCUCUGGAAAAAGAAGUUGCAAGAAAAAGCAAAGAUAGAAAAAUCCGAAAGUCUCUCAUUGCUUGGUUUUGGAGCUAAUGCCGCACAUAGCAGCAUGUCAAUAGAUGAUGGCAAUAGCAGUGCAGAUUUGUCACGAUUAAGUUUGGGCGCUAUUGCUGUGGCCACUGACAAUUUCUCAGAGGAAAACAAGCUUGGAGAGGGUGGUUUUGGACAGGUGUACAAGGGUAAAUUACCUAAUGGGCAGGAAGUGGCUAUUAAAAGACUUUCAGAUAGUUCUGGACAAGGCCUUGAGGAGUUUAAGAAUGAGGUUAUGUUGAUUGCUAGGCUACAACACAUGAACCUUGUGAGGCUUCUAGGCUUCUGCAGUCAAGGAGAAGAGAAGAUGCUGAUCUAUGAGUACAUGCCCAAUAAAAGUUUGGAUUCCAUCCUCUUUGAUCCAACCGACGGAACAACAUUGGAUUGGAGUAAACGCAAGAGAAUUAUUGAUGGCAUUGCUCAAGGGCUCCUGUACCUCCACAAGUAUUCUAGACUGAAAGUUAUCCACAGAGAUCUAAAAGCUAGCAAUAUUCUUUUGGAUAACGAGUUGAACCCAAAGAUAUCAGACUUUGGAAUAGCAAGAAUAUUUGAUGGAAAUCAAGAGCAAAGAAAGACAAAAAGGGUUGUUGGGACAUAUGGCUAUAUGCCUCCUGAGUACGCUAUAUGGGGGCAUUUCUCUGAAAAGACUGAUGUCUUCGGCUAUGGAGUGUUGCUCAUAGAAAUCAUCAGUGGCAAGAAGAUAUCUUGUUUUCAGGGCAUCAAAGGCUCUUUAAAUCUUUUACAAUAUGCAUGGGAGCUUUGGGACGAUGGGAGGGCCUUAGAGCUAGCGGAUCCACUACUUGGCAAUUCUUAUUGCAAAGAAGAGUUGUUGAGAUGCGUCCAUGUGGGAUUAUCAUGUGUGCAAAAAAAUGCUCCAGAUAGGCCCACAAUGUCAACUGUUGUUUCCCAGCUGGGUGGUAGUAAUGUAAGCCUUCCAUCACCAAGCCAACCUGCCUUCCAAGCUUGUGACAGUCAGGUAAGUGGAGACUUAGAUUGUCAAAGGAGAGGUAAUGGCUCCUCAAAUGAAGUAACCAUUACCAUGAUAGGAGGAAGAUGAUACGUGCUUUAAUCUGCUAUCAAAGAAACUAUCCAUGCGUAUCUAUAUAUGGUUGAAGAUGAGAACAGGCCAUCUCCUUGGUGAAAAAUAAUAUGGUAAGAGAUUUUUUUUUUAUAAUUUUUCGGAAGAUUCUUAUGAGAAGAGAGAAACUUCAAAAUCUUGUGUUAUCUUGUCCAAGGUGAUGUGCGUGGAUUCGAGCUAUGAAAUAUUAUAUACAGAAUAUAAGUCAGAUUUAUUUUCUU